AUGGGAUAGUCAGGGUAUUAGCUGAAAAAAUGUUAAUAAGAAGAUCAUAAUGAGUAGAUCGAAACCAUUUGUUAUAACUAGUAGUGCACAGACUUCAGAUUGAAUUGCUCUAAAUGUGAGGAAAGAUUCCAUCAAGAUCAUUAUAAUGAUGUUUUAAGAAUCAACAGCUUGGUUGGAUUCAUAAAAGAUAAAAAUACAGAAUGUUAAAAUUUAAUUAGUGAUCUUAAAACUUUUGUGGAGAUCAUGAAUUAAUCAUUUUCUUAAUUAAUAAGUGGAAUUUGA